AGUCAUCAUGUUAUGACAUUUAACUUGAAAGAGUUAAAAUCAACGACCCCUUCCAAAGUCAUUAAUUUUCUAUGUUCAAAGCAGCCUGCCGACACACACACUCUCUCUCUCUCUCUCAAUUGUGAUUUAUUAGUAUUAUUAAUAUAUAUAUUUUCUUAAAUUUUAUAAUUGUUUUCUCAAUCUGGAUUCUUCUUAGAAUCACUGCUUCUUCUUCUUCUUCUUCAACGGUUUACGUCGUCUCUCCUCUAAAUCUUUGGUCCAAAUCUCUGUCACGCUGUAUCCCCUGUUUUCUCAUUUUGGAUUCAGAUUAAGGUAUUUUGGCGCCACAGUCAUUCAGUUUUCAGAAGAGGCCUUAUUUUGUAUAUCUUGAUUGAUGCUCUUAGUGGGUGGGUGAUGAACAAUUACACUCGAAGCUUCAGUGGGUUUCCUUGGAUUAUUCAUCUAGUUUUGUCUAGGGGUUGAUUUUAGGAGACAAUGUUCACCAAGACUCAGACAUGGAAAGGUUCUUGGUCCUUGAUAGCAACUAUUGGAUCUCUCAUAGCAAUAGUAUCAUUUAUUUAUUUGUAUUCAUUUCCGCUGUCACCGUCUUCGUUAGCUUUCUUUAGUGCUCGACAAGUUCAAGACUCAUGUAAUCCGAUUAAUGGAUCAACUGGAGGAACAAACCCACAACCAGUUCUUAAUUUAGAUACUAGGUUUCCAGCUGAUUCACACAAGGCUGUCGUUUAUCGUGGUGCACCAUGGAAGUCAGAAAUUGGACGCUGGUUAUCUGGUUGUGAUUCAAUCACGGAGCCGGUCAGCAUUGUUGAGACAAUUGGCGGGAAAGCGUGCAAGAGUGACUGUAGUGGUCAAGGUAUUUGUAACCAGGAAUUGGGUGAAUGCAGGUGCUUUCAUGGGUUUUCAGGAGAAGGAUGCACGGAGAAACUGGAGAUGAAGUGCAACCGUACAGGAACACCAGAGUUUCCUUAUGGAUCAUGGAUUGUUUCAAUAUGCCCAACCUACUGCGAUACUACGAGGGCAAUGUGCUUCUGUGGAGAAGGAACAAAAUAUCCAAACCGUCCUGUAGCUGAAACGUGUGGAUUUCAAGUAAACGAACCUUCUGAACCGGGUGGUGCCAAUUGGACUGACUGGGCUAAAGCUGAUCUCGAUAAUAUUCUUACAACAAACAGUAGCAAACCUGGAUGGUGUAAUGUGGACCCAAAAGAGGCUUAUGCUAACACUGUAAAAUUCAAAGAGGAAUGUGAUUGUAAAUAUGAUGGUAUUUCGGGGAGGUUCUGUGAAAUACCUGUCUUGUCUGUUUGCAUCAACCAGUGCUCUGGCCAUGGGGGUUGUCGCGGUGGAUUUUGUCAGUGCAAGGAUGGCUGGUAUGGACUAGACUGCAGUAUCCCGUCAGUUUUUUCAUCUGUACAAGAGUGGCCUCAAUGGCUUCGACCUUCCACGGUUGAUAUACCUGAUAAUUCACAUCUCACAAUAGCUCUUCUUGGCAUUAAAGCUACGGUGAAAAAGAAAAGACCCCUAAUAUAUGUUUACGAUUUGCCGCCAGAGUUCAAUAGUCACCUUAUUGAGGGACGGCAUUUUAAAUUUGAAUGUGUAAAUAGAAUCUAUGACGACUUGAACGCAACAGUGUGGACAGAACAAUUGUAUGGAUCUCAGAUGGCACUACUUGAGAGCAUGCUCGCUAGCCCUUAUCGUACAUUAAAUGGUGAUGAAGCUGAUUAUUUCUUUGUUCCUGUUCUUGAUUCUUGUAUUAUAACUCGUGCUGAUGAUGCACCUCACUUGAGUAUGGAGCAGUACCAUAGAUUCUCAGUGGCUCUAAUAUGUACACUUCAGGAACACAUGGGCUUAAGGAGUUCACUUACACUCGACUUCUACAAGAAGGCAUAUGAUCAUAUUGUUGAACAACAUCCUUUCUGGAACCGUUCAUCUGGAAGAGACCACAUUUGGUCUUUUUCAUGGGACGAAGGUGCCUGUUAUGCCCCUAAGGAGAUAUGGAACAGCAUGAUGCUAGCUCACUGGGGAAACACAAACUCUAAGCAUAAUCACUCAACAAGUGCAUAUUGGCUAGACAACUGGGACGCUAUUCCUUCUUCUAGUAGAGGCAACCAUCCAUGCUAUGAUCCGGAGAAAGAUUUUGUGCUUCCUGCAUGGAAACGGCCUGAUCCAGAUUCCUUGCGAUUAAAAUUUUGGACCAGGUCUCUUAAGGAUCGUAAGAAACUUUUCUAUUUCAAUGGAAAUCUGGGACCUGCUUACGAAAAAGGCAGGCCUGAAACAACGUAUAGCAUGGGUAUCAGGCAAAAACUAGCAGAAGAGUUUGGGUCAACCCCAGACACGAAAGGAAAACUUGGGAGACAACAUGCAGACGAUGUGAUUGUUACUCCGGUACGUUCUGAUCAUUAUUACAAGGACUUGUCCAGCUCCAUCUUCUGCGGCGUGUUACCUGGAGAUGGUUGGAGUGGUCGUAUGGAAGAUAGCGUUUUGCAUGGUUGCAUUCCUGUGGUCAUUCAGGAUGGUAUCUUCUUGCCAUACGAAAAUGUGCUAAACUAUCAAAGUUUUGCCGUACGAAUAAAUGAAGAUGAGAUUCCAAACCUGAUAAAGAUUCUUCGGGGAUUUGAUGAGACAGAGUUGGAAUUUAUGGUAGAAAAUGUUAAAAGGAUCUGGCAAAGGUUCUUAUACCGCGAUUCAAUUCUACUUGAGGCUGAGAGACAGAAAACUACUUUUGGUCACGUGGAAGAUUGGGCUGUAGAGUUCUUAAGAUUAACUGAAGAUGAUGUGUUCUCCACGUUCAUUCAGGUAUUGCAUUACAAGUUACACCACGAUCCUUGGAGACAAAAACUUAGCUAUUUAAAGAAAGAGUAUGGAGUACUGAAAGAUUGUUUGAAGUAAUAUAUUAAAACAGGGGAAAGAUAGAUUAAUUAUGAGAAAUAUAUAGCAUAAUGCAGAGUGGCAGAAUUCGUAGGAGAAGUGCUUGAUCAUGUACUGCAAUCCGAAUGUAGAUUGAUUCCACAAAUACACCACGCAAGUGAUUAUAGGUGUUACAUGAACUCCAAGGAGUAGCAGUGCUCUUCUCUCUCCCUGGAACCACAAGGCUGUGGCAAUUAGAGAGUCCAAAUCUGAUAUACUUAUCUCCACAGAUUGCAGCAGUGUAAAGCAUGUCAUUGCGAAUCAAGAACCACAAGGCUGUGGCAAUUAGAGAGUCCAAAUCUGAUAUGCUUAUCUCCACAGAUUACAGCAGUGUAAAACAUGGAUCACACCUAUACUUGAAUGGUGGCUGGUUACCUCCCUUUAUACCUGCAUAGAGAAAUAAACACAUUAUAGGGACAUACAUUAAGGAUUCAAAAUUAAAUCGGUUUCAAUAUCUUCUACAUACUAAUAUUGUAGUUUUCCUUAAUCACAUAAUAUCUUCUAUACUGCAAUUAAGAAGUCGGAUGUGUUUUAUUCAUCGUCAUUUAAGAACUUAGAGUUACAUGAUUGUAGUUUUCUUUUUCUUUAA